ACUGCUUCCGCUUCCUCGACGACUACAGACUACAAUCCGCUGCAAGUCAACCUUCCUGUUUUUGAUUGUCUUACAAACCAAGGCAAUCGCCAAAUCCGCCAUUUCUUUUUCAUCAAAAUUCGCAAGAACAGACCGAAAUUUUCUUUCCAUUUCCCGCCCACGGAACCCUAGAAAUCUAAUCUGCUGUAGCUACCAGCAGCAGCAGCAGCAGCUCCCAGAGCUUCCCGGAAUGAGAGCUCAGAAGCCAAGAGAACUGCAAGGAAUCCUGUUUUGAUGGUCAGUAGUUCUUCAUUUUUUCUCCUUGAAUUCCUAUUGGGUUUUCGAUUCUGCGGCGGAUUUCGAUUUAGGUGGGGGUGUUCGGUAGGAUUUGGCGGUUGCCCUGGGAAGAGUUUUGUAAUUCCAGUGGAGGACGUUGUCAAUGAUGCCUCCUAGAAGGAAGAAAUGGACGGAGGAAGAGGAACGAACCUUGAUCGACAAGUACGGAGAGAUGCUCUCCGAUGGAACCCUAGCCAAAAUGAAAACACGGGAGAAGAAGUUCCGUCCCAUAGCGGCGCAGGUUAAUUCGAUGCACCAUGCUCGGGACCCCGUGGCUUUCCCUUGGCUAUGGUCUUGGAAGGAUGCCUCCACCAAGGUGCAGAACAUGAGACAUCAGUACCUACUUGUCAAGCAGAAAAUUAAAAAACCUUCUGUUGGCGUCACGGGGGAUGGUUCUUCCGGCGAGCAGCCGGAGGAGUUUGAUUGGGUGGAGGGUCUUAGUCACUGGUCCAAUUUCCUUAGAUACAAGGAUGUUUUUGGAGAUGUUACACUGGGGUCUCCUAACAUUGACCAGAUGACGGCGGUGACAGCUGGGAAUCGGGAAAAUGGUAGGAGUUUCGCCGGGAAAGGUCGGCCAAUGGAUGUCAUGCGAUAUGGGCAUCUUGGACCUUCGCCGGAAGGGGGUUUUGGGGUAGGCAUUGAUGGUGGUGAAAAUGGAAUUUUGGGUUUAGGAUUAGGGUUUGAAUACGAUGGGGAAGAGGCUGAUGAUAAUAACAAUAAUAACAUCAAUCAUGGGAAGGAGGAUGGGGAAGAUGGCUUUGAGUAUGAAGAAGUUGACCCAAAUGGCUUGGAGACGAGGCAGAAGAGGAAGAAGUUGAAGGGACUGGAGAAAUGGGCAUGGUCAUUUUUAGUAAAUCAGCUUGCGCAGUUGAGGGAAAGGGAAGCUCGGUUUGAAGAUCGAGAGGUUGAGAGAGAUAAGGAAAGACAGAGAAAAGAACAAUUUCGUGCAGAGCUUGAACAGAAACGUGAACGGAGGUGGGAGGAAAGGGAGAGGGAGAGAGAGGAGAGGGAGCGGACCAGGGAGAAUUUGAGGAGGGAGAGGCUUAAGGAAUGGGAAGCAAUGGAAAAGGAGAGUGCAGAAAGGGAGAGAAGGAGGAGGGAGGAAGAGUUGAUGGAGCAGAGGGAAUGGGAGGAGAGGAUGGAACGGAGGAGGUUGGAUUGGAAGAAGAGAAUGGAUGAUAUGUUAAGUCAACAUCGGGCAGCAAUGGACCAGAUUCAGUCCCGGAUUCUUCAUGACCAGCAGGCCCUUACUAGUCAGUUGCUUGGGAUUGUUGCACAAUGGACAAGUCAUCCAGCAGGCCUGUCCGACCAUACUGGAGCUGGGAACCCUUAUCUCUCACAAAUGAUACAGAAUUUGCACCAUGUAAAUGGAGUUGUUCAUGGGGAAAAUAGGGUUGAUGGAGAUAAUGAUCAAUUUAUUGUUGAUGGAUGAUUUUCUGCACUGGAUCCAUGAGUUAGGGUGUUCAUGAUUGUGGUAAAGUAAGUUGUAGAGUUUGAAGGAAGAUCAAAUACAUUCUGUAAUAUGUAAUUUCUAUUGCAUAUAUUUAUACUAAUCUGGUCAGUUUGAAUCUGCAAAUUUUUUAACCUUACCUUUAUUCCAAUUUUGGAUGUAAAAUGUACCUUUAUGUUGGAUAUUAUUCAAAUUUUUUAAUGGAAUAUUAUUUACUUCUUUGUCUAUUUA